CAUAUCUAAACUUAAACGACAGAUAUGAUGCUUAAUGUGUUUAUCUACCAGCCUUCUUAAUAUGAUAUGUGAUUUAAAGACAUUUUAAAAAGUUGAGAUAAUUUUAAGAAUGAGUGUUGUUAUCUUUAAAUAACGUCUCUGAUUUUCUUACGUUUAAGGUGUGAAGGUACACCUGGUGAUAUUAUAAAUAUUGAUAACUGUUAAAAAGUUUCAAAUUUUGCAAUAUUCACCCUACAAAAAUGUUAUAAAUUUUUGGAAAGGAACUAACUAUAAAAAGCCCUGGCGGGAUUCAAACUCAUGACCUGCAGAUUCGUAGUAAACACUCUACUUCAUUGCGCUACGCUGUUAAGUAACAAUUUCGGGAAAAAAAAGAUUUAUGAAACUAUACUUGGCUUUAUAGUUUAUUUCAAUAAGAAAAUGUCAAAAUACCACUUUACAUGGGUAACUAAAGAAUGCAUUUUUGUCAAACACAAAGUGCUGAUCCAUGCAAAUAAAUGUUCUAGAGAAAUUCAUUUUGAUUCUUUUAAUUUCAAAUUAAACUUCAAUAUCAUAAAACAUGUACGGUGGGUUUUUUUUUUCAGAGUUCCUUAUUAUGUUCAAAUUUAUCGUUGUCCAUAUUUUCGUCAAAGCAAUCGUUUUCGAUUUUCUUUCUCUUAACUUUAUAACUAAUAAACAUAUCAUAUUGAAAAAAUCAAAAAACAUUUGGAAUUUAAAGGGGCAUUGUCACAAUUUUGGUCCAAUUUUAUUUUUCUGUUUUUAUCAUUUACAAUGCCUAAGGAAUGCCUUUAAAUGAUAAAAUGAAAUUUGAGAGUCAGUCGUAGAGUUAUAAGAAAGAUACAGGCUCACAAUUCUUUGUCAUGUAAACAAGGCUCGUGCCCUGUUUUUGUUUACAUCGGUUCAAUAUACCAGUAAAAAAUGCAAGCUGAUUUGUCUCUGUUCUUUUUCAUUUAAGCAUGAAUAAACAGUUCCUAACGUUUAACACAUUAAUUUUAGAACAAAAACUGGAAUUUUCACUUUAACAUUCAAAAUGUUAACAAAAGCUUUGUUUACAUUGAAAAGAAGUUAAGCUAUGUAACUCGUUUAAAACUCAACAAAUGACACUCAAAUUUUGAUUGCCUAUUACAAAUGCUUACUCAAGAUAAAUAAAUAAAAAAAAUAAUUGUUGACCACAAAUUUGUGAACAUGCAAAAGAAAUUGUUUUUAUUGUGUAUUUAGGUCAAUUUUAGAUAAUAAUAAAAUACUUCGUAUAGGGGUUAUAAUAAUUUACAUGCCUUACUUACGUAAUAAGUAUUUUUUUUUAAAAGAGAGCCUAUACACACAUUUUUGAAAUUAAAUACUGUAGAUUGGCAAAUAUUCACGAUGGUUUUAAUUUCACUAUGUUCGCAAUUUAUCGUUUUUCCGCUAAAUUAAACCCAUUGUAAAUAUCACCAUAAGUUUUUUUUUAAAACGUGUUAAUGCUUAUACUUUGAUCAACUGGUUUUCUUGAAGCGUGAAAAUAAAACCAUCGCGAUUGGUAUUUUUUUAUAUAUCGUGAAUUUUUAACACCAUGGAAUUAAAACGACUUACAGUAUUUAUUAUAAAUCAUUUAUAUUUUACACUACUACUUACAUGUAGUAGGUUUGUUAUUGAUUUAAUACGAAAAUAUAUAAAAAUGGUUGAUUAACUUUAGACGGCGGGGCAUCGCCGGUUAUGAGAUUCAUUAACAGGAUAUACAAAUGAAGUCAGUCAGUGACAAACCUAAUAAGUGUUUUGUUUUUACCGAGGACUAUCAGGUGAGACAAAAUGUGAUGAUCUAUAAAAAUGCAUGUAAAUCUUGCACAGUUGAACUAUUGAAAAUUCUCAUUCUCACCUUAAAAUAGUCUGAAAAUCUUUGCUGCACCUUUAUAAAGCUUGUUACCUUUCGAUGUGUUAUGUUCCAUUCAAUUUUAAACAUCUUCUACCUUUCGUCUGCAGAUGUUUAAGCAAAUCUCAACGAUGUCAUUUUAUUUUGCCCCACACAAAAUAAAGUGCCUUCAUUUCAAAACGCAACUACUCUUUUUUUGAAAAUAUUUUAAGAACUGACGUAACGCAGUUUUUGUAUUCAAUGUAAUGAAAUAUCGAGAUAAGUCAGCAAAUUGUCGACCAUAUUGCCGAUUAUAAUUACACCAGCCUAGCAAAGAAAUAUAUUUCGCAGUCAUGUGUUAUGUUUUAACCAAUGAAAUUUUGGUAUUCUAAGUCUGGGGGAAAAUGUAUUUUAAUGUAUUUUGCUUACAUGCAAAAUUUAAAGAUUAAGAAGUGUUUAUUGCUAUGAAUUACAUACCAAAAUAAAUCUUAAUCUUUUAAAUUAAUUGGUAUGCAUUCAAAGAAAAAAUAUCAAUAGAUGAAAAUCUCACUGUAAUAUUACCUGUAGUUAUCAAAUAGGUAGUUAUAUGCCAUAGCGAUAUGAAUAGCAUACCGGUAUUCCGUACACCUAAUCUAAAGAACCAUAAUUUUCUAAUUUUCGAAAAGGUUACCACGUACUUUGUUUUCCUACAAAGACAGAUUUACAUCGAUUGCGUUUUUUCUCCUUUUAUGCUUAAAAACCGAUUGUAAUGCAGACUAAGAUUUUUAGAAACUGAUACGACUGAAAUCUACACAAUUCAAUUCCUACCAGCUUAAAAUUGGACGAAAUCGGUGGCAGCCAAACAAAAGACAUAGACUGCACGAUAGUGUCAUGUUGAUGAUAAAGUAAAUUCCCAUAUAUAGAAGAAAUGGCUAUUUCUUUUAUUCAAUGUACUAAUCUACAUAAACAAUGACUUAACUAUUUUUACUUACUCUUAAUGAUUAAUUCAUUCAUUUUUAUCCAGAAUUAUGUAAAUAUAAACAAUGAAAUUCUUGAUGAUUCAAGCAGUCUAGGAAGACAGAUAUCAUUACAGAACAAAAGAUGCUUUGAAAUACCUAUGUCAAAAUCCAAGUGGCAUAACUCUGUCAAAUAUUGCUCGAUCCUGCCCAAAUACAAACUUGACUUUGAUCUAUUAUUAUUAAGAUAAAUCUGUAUGCCAAAUAUUACUUCAGUUUAAGUAACAUCUCCGAAGAAAAUGAGCCUAUAUACUUGAAUAAAAAACUUCUUUAAUUAAAGUGAACCGAAGCCGUUGGUGGUCCGAGCGACUGGCCAACAUACAGACAGCCGCAAAGCAAUAUGGCUUCCCCUCCUCAACGGGGCGCAUAAAAUAAUUAACAUAACACACUAACACGGGUUGUGUACUUUUUCUGCAAUGUUCUUAUUUUCAUACCAGCAUGAAUCACCAAAGAGAGUAACUUAUUAUUUAAAUCAAAUAAAUGUAAAAACAAAACCUGGAGAAAAAAAUUCCAAAGACGGUCGACGGACAACAUACAUGUACAAUAACAAACCAUCUGAAUAUCAAUGGCAAAGAAGAUUAACUGCCAAUAAUUUCUUGCGUUUUGAAAUUUAUAAUCUCACUUGAAAUGAGACAUAUGAACACAAACACAUUGUAUUUGGAAAAUAAUGUUUUUUAUCCCAAAUAAUUAAAACUAAAUUAAACGUUUAUUGAUAAAUUAUUGACAAUGAAAAGAAAUUAUUUUCAUAAGUUUUGAAGCACACACAACAUUUGCACUUAACCCUCUCUCUCUCUCUCUCUCUCUCUCUCUCUCUCUCUCUCUCUCUCUCUCUCUCUCAUAAUUUCAGCAUAAUUAUAAGUAAAGCGGCAGUUUGUUGUAUUUAAAGCUAUAAUAGGAUUGUUUAUGCACUGUUUGUUCAGAGUUAUGUCCGUCCUCCGUUAAAAGUCUUGUUAUGUUCUCGAGUUAGCAGUAUAUAUUCUAUUAUUAAAGCCUCGCUGUUCUAAAAGCUUCAAUUAAGCUUAAAUUAAUCAACUGAAGAAAUCAGAGAAUUGUUUACAUCAACUCAAGCUACGAAAAAAGUCAAUUUCAUGUAAGUUAUAUUAUUUUUUCGAAAUUGAUUUGCAAUAUUUCUUGUGAUGAAAUCACUUGGGUACAAAGUGUGGUAUAAAUAAUAAUAUCAUAUUUUAAUUUGUCUAUGACUGAGAAAAAUAAGUUUUAAAAAAUAUAAACAGUAAAGUUAUAAACGUCUUGACAUGCAUAUAUAAACAAAGGGUUUGUGUCAUUUUAUGGGGACACUGGCGAUAUUUGGGAAAUACCCUUUUCAUUCUGCUCUGCAGCGUUUUAUCUCUGUGACCUAGUUUCGUUAAAGGUGUAUACAUGUAUCUCUAAACACAGUUUUUUGUUUUUCAACUCUUCUUCCUGCUAUCUGCCCCCCCCCCCCUUGCAUUUUUACAAAAAAUCCAAAUGUAAAUCUUCACAGUUAUAAAUUUGCGAUAAUGAUUUCUUUCUUUCUUUUAACUCAAUGCCUAGCAGAUUUGCUAUUUAUUUGUUUAUUUACUUUGUUAAUAAGAAAAAAACAUAACUGUUUCAACAUUGUUUUUUAUUGAAUUUUGCGAAUACUCCUACCUUCUUCACAUUUUGUUAACGAAAAAUACGAUUUUAUAAACAAAAUAAAUACUUUUGUAAAUAAUGCAUCAUUUUCAUUAUAAUUUCUUCUCUCAAAUGUUAAUAUUUAUUCUAAUGAACUUUCAAUCUAUUUAGAUGUGAAAAUCCAAACUAUGGCUACGGAAAUAAGUAUUCCCUUUGAUGUGGAUCUUUUGAGUGCUUGCCAAGCAGAAUAUGACUUCUUGUUUGAAAUUCAAGGUUUGGAAUGCUUGCAAAAUGGGGCAGUCCUUAAAAAUGCCAUUUGCCGCUAAGAGACACUUUGGCUUCCUCUUGUUGCGUCGUGCAAUAUUUUAUCAGAAAGUUUAGAGCCCCCAGUUGAUAUAGCUUGGGUGUGGCAUUGCCACAUGUUAUCUCCACAUAACUACGCCUCGUAUUGUAAGUCGUUAUUUAGAAAAGUGCUGGAUCAUUCCGUUACUAAAUCUACGAUUGCUCCCGACAUAACAAAGUCACUUUGGUCUAGUUUUUAUCCUGAUGAGCCAUUUGAUUUCGACUCCUCUAUUGCCGAAGCAAACAUACCGCAAGUUCUCAAACACCAAAGUAAAAGCGAUUCGUUUGAUCUUUUGAAGGCCAUUCAUCGACAACAAGAUUUUUUCUAUAACAUUCAUCUACCUCAUUACAGAGAUAUGAUGUUCCUCGACGGUGCGUUGAAAAGGUACAAAAAGUAUCUUUUUCUGAAAAAGAAAAAUCCAGCUGAGUUUCUUGUUCCAUGCUACGACAUUGAUUUGGUCUGAACCACUCAUCAACUCCAUCCAAUUGAUUACGAACGAGUCACAAAGUCUUAACUCGGUCAUCUGCUCAUCCAUGAUGAUACAGACAGCGAUAGAAAACCAGGGUCCAAAAUAUCUAAUGCUUAUGAAAGAACAAGGAUCCUGUGGCGUGAGGAAUAUCAAGAGGCUUUUGCUUCACAUGGCGCUAUGUAUUGCGGAGAAUCACCAAAAGACAGACUUUACCAACUAACGAAGUCUGAUAUCAAGAAUAUUUCAGGUCGGAAUGCCAAAAUCAUUAUAACUGAUAUAAAAUUAAACUCUCCGCAUGAAGUUGCCAAAAUUGAUGUUAAGUUCAAAGUAUAUAAAACAAAUGUAUCGCAGAAUCCUUGUUGUAUUCAAAAGCUAACAAGUAAAAUUGGAAAUAUGAACUGGAACAAUCAAACCAUAGAAUGUUCAUAUGAUCAUACAGAUUCAACGCUUGUCUUUGUGCUAGCCUCAAGAACUGCUUUCGGAAAAGGAUAAAAAAAUAAGUGAUGGGUUUCAAGAAAGAUUUGGACUGUAUCUGCUAAAACCUGAGUUUCAAAAUUGCGGCAAUUUCAAAUUUGAAAGAAACCUGCAAAUGGUAAGCACAAUAUCGGCAGCAAAAUGUACAGUCGCUGGAAGUAUUGAACGCCCGUCUCUUGCCGGCAUCGUUUUAUUUCUGGAAACAGGUACCUUUAAGGAGGCUAACAUUCCAACCAAUGAAGAUCAAUUUUGGGGUCUUGUUCCCGUUUCAAAAUCCGAUGCUAAAAACAUUUGUCAAGUUGCCACGCAUAAAUUGCGAAACCCAAAUGGAAAUGUCGUUUUUACUUGUCGGAUUAUACACAGUGUCAGUGUGAUGACAUCAGUUGUGCAUGUUUUCUUCCACGAUAAAUUGGCAGCAGUUGCUCAUGUUAUUGGAUAUGACCAAUUACCAAUGAAAUCACAGAUAUCUAGUCCUGGAAUCGCAUUCCUCAAUCCAAGUGCGGGAGAAAGGGCAGUCCUGGUAAAAACCGGACGGGGUGAUUCCAUGAUAAUAGCUGGAAAAUGGUUUGGAUUUCUUCAGGGGAAAGAAGGGGCAAUUGACAGACCAAGUACACCUGGUAAUCCGGGUCAUUUAAAAGUCAAGAUAAACCGAGUUAUCUCGAAAAUACUGCCAGAAGAGGAAAUAAUCCAUCUCUCUCAGUACCACCCUGUACAAUAUGAGGGACUUACUUUAGACUUUGAUAAAGGUAUUUUAAGCUGUAGUGAACUGGAAACGAAGAAGAUUGUAGAAUAUGUGGCCUUUUCAUUUUCCGUUGCCCUCCUUGAUGUUCUUUGUGUUCCACGCCCUGCUGGGUGGAAACCGGGGGAUUCUCUACAACAAAAGCUUGUCAAAAGAGGUAGAAGAAACGUAGAAAGGUUCCCUGAUUAUGAUAUGUCAUUCAUGGUGGCCGCUGGCCUCCUGACCUUGACUCCCUCUAAUCACUAUCUCUAUCACAAUGAUAACGCAGACACCUCUACAGAUAGAAAGUGCUGUACUUUUGAUUUACGUCAAUGUGUGAUAGAUUCAAAUACAGACUAUUUGUUAAGUAAUGUGACUGCAUUAGAAGGUGGUUGUGGUGCUUGCGGUGGAUGCGGCGGAUGUGGUGGAUAUAGUGCCGCACAAGCUAGCGGAGGCGGCGCAGCAGGUUGCGCAGGGGCUGGUGGUGGCUGUGGGGGAGGAUGUGGUGGUUGCUAAAAAAGCUGCCACAUAUGCUCCUUUUUAUAAACUCUUAAAACACAUAGAUCUGUUUUCAUACUAAGGAUUAGGUACUGUAUACAGGGUUAUUUUCGGCCCGUGUUAUUUUCGCUAUUUUACACUUACAAACGGUUUUGCCCGGGCUUAAUCCGCCCAGACUCGCUUGUGUACGAAAGAAAAAGCUUGAACAUUGAAAUUCGCUCAGUCUUAAAUUCGCCCGUUGACGAUGGCAAAAGGGGCGAAAAUAAAACGGGGGCGAAUAUUUCCUAGUAUACAGUAUUGUCAUUCUCUCAAAUAAUGUUUACUGAAUUGUUUGAAAAUGUGUCUAAAUGACAGAGGUAUUAGAACAAACAUUUUAACAAGAUCUUGGACUUUCAGCAGGACGUAGUUAUAUAUUUCUUGCGUCAAAACAAGUUAAAAAUGACGGGGUUUCAAGCGAAAUAUGCACCGAUUGCGUAGUCUUAGCUCAAAAGGCAGACAAAUAAUGUUGAUUUCAAAGAGUCAUGUCUGAGUGGCUACCAAUGAAAUAGACAUGCUUAUGUCACAUUGCUGUUUGACACAACUACCCAAAGUCAACGCUCUUGUUAAAAUGGUUCUUAAUAUGAUAUUUAAAAAAUCAGUAAUUGUACACAUGGAAAUAUUUGUCUCCUUUUUUUAUUUUCGCUCUUUUCGCCCUCGUUGUCAACGAGUUACAAAUAUUAUGCCUUAUAUUUUCUUUCUUUAAUCUCAGCAUUGUCUGGAAGAACUCAAAACGGACCCUCUCUCCCCCCCCCCCCCCCUUCCAGGAAAACAAAUUUUGAAUCCGGACAUAGUGUACUGCAUAUCAAGGCAAUACCUUUGAUUCAACAUUUACUAGAAGUGGUAAUCAGAUUGUGUUAGUAUAAUAUAGAAAAUGCUUGUACCAAAUAUUCCAUUUGUUUUAAAUAACAAUAGUUUUGUGAAGACUUUCAUACAAAUACCUAUGAUGUUUUGUUAUCAUUGUUUUCUUGUUUAAACGUGUGUAUAAUUUGAAUACAGGAAGGUUGAUUUAUCAAGCUUUGAUUGAAAUACAGUUUGUGCGUUCGGAAUGCAGUGAGAUUUAAUUUUCUGAUAAACUGCUUAAAACACAAAUAAGGGGCACAACAGGUUUCAGACAUUCUUAGUCAAACUGUGACCAUCUGAUGGCUUUUUAUACACAACAGUAAUUUAUAUUUACCUUAAAUUGACCUUUAAGUGCGUCUGAAACAAUAUCAAAGUUAAAGAGUUACUAAUAGGUAAAAAAAAGUUAUCUUCCGGUUUUUCGCCUGCGACCUUUGAUUCGUGUUCUAAGUUUCAGCAAAAUGCUUUUCAAAACUAUGUUUCAAAGGAUCACUUCUCGCUGAUUUUAUCACUCUGUUGUAACCUUUAUAUCGCACUGACUCUAUUUUUGUACAACGUCUUCCUACGAAAAAGUCAUAAAUGUAUAUUUCUUGUCAUAAAACCUUUAAAAAUUGAGUCUAUCUAUUAUUGGUCGAUUUAUUGUUACAAGUACCUCCUAACCUAUUGUGUUAUGAUAUGAGCGAUAAUUAUCCAGUAACAAAAUGUAUACUAUUAUAUAGUUAUAUCAUGUCUUAUCGUUUAACGUUAUAUGUUUCUAGCAUUUGUUUGAGAAUUUUGUGAAGUACAUGUCACUGUGAUUAAAGUGUUAAUCAGGGGAUUUAUUAUACUAUACCAUACUUGUAUAUUGUAAUAGUAAUAUAGAAUGUUCUGAAAGGUAUUUUUCAUGUUCAUAUAUACAUCUGACAGCUUUUAUGCAUUUUUUCUAAAUAAAUUCAAAUUAACAUUUGAGUGGCAUAUACAAGUGUAUCAAAUAUGUGUGGAUCAUGAUACUAGUAUUCUUUACAUUACAAGAUGUGAUACUUAUUUUUUCCAAUUUAUUACCAAUUAUUGGCCUCACUUCUGUAAUAGAGAAUACAUGUAUAUCCAAUAAAAAUAAAUGUGUUUUGCCAAUUUAC